AUGUCUAACGUCAAAUUGUCCAAGCCGGUUUUCCCUGAAAUUGCAGGGUCAAAGGAAUAUGCGGCGUCUCUCGACGCAGCAGACCCAUUGGCAUCAUUUCGUGAUAAGUUCAUUAUUCCUUCGAAGGCAAACAUAAAUAGCAAAAAGCUUGCAAAGCCAGGUCUCUCAUCAGACCCGUGCAUUUACUUCUGUGGCAACUCCCUGGGUAUUCAACCAAAGGCCACAGCGAAAUACCUGGAGGCACAGUUAGAUACUUGGUCGUCAAUUGGUGUAUCUGGUCAUUUCGUAGAUCUUGAGGGCUCUCCCCUGAAACAAUGGCAAUUGCUUUCAGAACAAGCCGCAGCAUCGAUGAGUAAGAUCGUUGGAGCACAAGCAGAUGAAGUUGCAGCAAUGGGAACCCUAACUGCAAACCUUCAUCUCUUGCUUGCAAGCUUCUAUAAACCGACUCCAACAAAGCAUAAGAUUCUGUUGGAUUGGAAGGCUUUCCCUAGUGAUCAUUAUGCCAUUGAAUCUCAUCUGUCCUGGCACGAUCUCGACCCGAAGCAAUCCAUGGUUCUCAUUGGCCCAGAUGAGGGCGAGUACGAGAUCUCCACAGAAAAGAUCUUGUCUUACAUUGACGAGCAUGCUGAAAGUGCAGCUCUCAUUCUUUUGCCAGGAAUCCAAUACUAUACUGGACAGCUUUUCGACAUCCAAAAGAUCACAGCCUAUGCACAGUCACGAAAUCUUACUGUUGGGUGGGAUUUAGCGCAUGCGUACGGCAAUGCUGAGCUGAAACUACAUGAUUGGAAUGUCGACUUCGCAGCCUGGUGCACGUAUAAAUACGGAAAUGCCGGACCUGGGGCAAUGGGAGGACUUUUCGUCCAUGAGAGGCAUGGUCGAGUUGAUUAUAGCGAAGGAGAGGACGCUCCAAAGUUUAGGCAUCGUCUGACCGGGUGGUAUGGUGGUGAUAGAAGCGUGAGGUUCAAGAUGGAUAAUAAUUUCAAGCCGAUCCCCGGAGCAGGCGGUUGGCAACUUUCGAAUCCCUCGGCUAUCGAUCUUGCAUGUCUCUGCGCCUCGUUGUCUGUUUUCGACGAGACAUCUAUGGCUGAACUGCGCAAGAAGUCCGUUAUGCUAACGGCGUACUUGGAGCAUCUCUUGCUAAAGGAUACCACUGACGAAACACGUUCUUUCCGCAUCAUCACACCAGCAGAUCCCGAGGCAAGAGGGGCUCAACUCAGUGUUUUACUGAAGCCCGGCUUGUUGCAGAACGUCUCUCAGAAAUUACAAGAAGGGGGUAUAGUUUGCGACAAGAGAGAGCCGGGCGUUGUCCGCGUUGCCCCUACUCCACUGUACAACACCUUCACCGACGUAUGGAUGUUCGUGAGUUAUUUCAAGGCUGCACUGGACGAACCAGAGCUGAAGAAUUGA